AUGGACGAUCUUCAAAACGCUGUUUUCCUUAUGGCGACAAAAUUGUCUGUACAUAACUCAAAGCCACUAUGUAAUGCAGAAGUUGUCACUGUUCGUUGUCGUCAUGUUGUGAAGCACAUUCCUAGACGGUAUGUUAUGGCAUAUAUCUUAUCAUUAGCACAAAAGCAAUGCUUGAAUCUUGAGAAAGAAAGUUUUUCGUUUUUGAGCUAUGUUCCAGAAGUGUGGACAAGUCUAGUUGAUGUUAUUAGAUCUAUGAAUUCCGAUAAUUAUGAUUUUGGUUAUAUACAGACAGUCGCUUUAGAAUCAUUGAAGAAAGCUAUUAAGCUAUGUCAUGAUACAAUAGACAAAACAUUAUGUCAAUAUUAUUAUUCACGUGCUUCACUGAAUUCAUUAAAUUUAUUAUUGGAUACACAUUCAAUUGUGAACAGACGUAGACGUCAAGAAGAUCGUUGGUUUGCUGUUGCGGAUUUACUGUCUUAUGUUCCCUCGUAUAAAAGCCAUAUUGACCAAUCAUAUCUUACAGAUUUUUCACCAAUCACGGCAUUCGGUAUUUUCGAUGGUCAUAAUGGUCCAGAAGUGGCUGAACACUGUUCUCACCUUACACCGUAUUUACUAAGUAUAGAGUUACAACGACAUAUUUUAUCAUCGUCAUCUAGUAUUAAUCGUAAUUAUUCUAAAUGUAUACCAGAUAUAUUAGCCGAAAUCUUUCAUCGAUUGAAUAAAUCAGUCAACAGUGGAAGAGCACAAAAGUUUUGGAAUUCUGGUACAACAGCUACAAUAUGUGCAUUUGCUGGUGAUACUAUAUGUACAGCUUGGGUCGGUGAUUCACAAGCUUGGCUUAUUUUUCCAUAUACAAAUGAUAUUAAUGAUGAUGGUAUUAUUAAUCAUAAUAAUAUAUUAAAAAGUAAUUUUAAUUGUUGCAAUAGUAGCGUACAAGAGAAUAAAAACAAUGAUCGUACUACUAAUACUAUUAGUAGUAGUAGUUUUCAUGAGUCACCGGAAAGAAUGUCUGUAUUAAUGGAAAUCCCGUCAUCGGAUAAAAAUCUCAUUGAUAAUAAUAAUACACGUGUUAUCAAGUCGACAUCGUUGAAUAUUAUGCCUGAUCGCUUGUCAUCAUCAUUAUGUAAUGGAAGUAUGCCUACUAGUCAAAGUGCUUCAAUCAUCGAGAAGCGUCAUCAUCAAAAACAAAAUACUCCACAGUCGGCAAUUGAAGUGAAACAUUUCACUGAAGACUCUUUCUCAUUAUUAAUGGAUCAGGAGAAUUCCAUGCAUAAUAACAGUAAUAAUAAUGAUGAAAUGGAUAUAAAUGAAUAUUUAGGCAUUGCAUUAACUGAUUGUCUACAUCGCCCAGAAUCACCUUCCGAAUUUGUUUCUAUCCUACGAACUGGCGGUUCAAUAUUAACUGAAGUUGGCUCUGAAAAUAGUUCAUCUGUGGAGAAUAAAAUUUUCUAUUCACAUUCACCUAAAGAUUCUAUGAUCAAUUUAGCUGUAACUCGUUGUGUCAAAGAAAAUACACCUAAUAAUAAUUGUUUUAGUAAAUGUAUUUCCAUACCACCUCUUGAUAAUCCAAGUUUAGUCGAUUGUAGAGUUGGAUGUUUAUCGUCGGUAAGUCGAUCAAUUGGUGAUGAUGAAACAGCGGUUGGCUUGAACGCCUUACCAUCCAUAACAGUUUGGUCAGCAGCUAAACAACAACAAUCAACGCAUCAUCGUAAUAAGACAACAACAACAUCAAUGCCUUUAUGCUUGAUUAUGGCAAGUGAUGGUCUAUGGGAUGUACCUUGUUGUUCUGGUCCAGAGAUUUCACUAAUGGCAUGGCAUUGGUAUAAAGAGCAUAUUUAUCAUAAAAAGGAAUGUAAAAAUCACCAUUCAUUUUCUGAAUUCUUAGUUAAUUUAGCUGUGCAAAAUGGUGCAUCAGAUAAUAUAACAUGUAGUGUAAUUUGGUUACAUAAAUGGAAACCAACAAAAUUAAAAGGUUGGACUGUUGAUUGUCAAUCAUUAGCAUCAUCUAGUCUGGUUAGAUGGCCUAGACAUUCACGGGUUACUUCACUAGUCAAUGUAA